AUGCCACAGUUAAACGCUUUGGAAGGGACCCGCGGAAUACCCGAGAUGGACCCGACGGAGAACGAGGGCAGUGGCCGGAAAAGAAGGCGGACUCGCAAGGUCCAGACCGAUCGCAAAUUCGACUGCACCUUUGAGAAUUGUGGCAAGAGGUAUUCGCGGGCAGAACACCUGUACCGGCAUCAGCUGAACCACACCCCCAAACAGAUCUAUCGAUGUGACUUUCCCGGUUGCUAUCGCUCCUUUGUGCGACAAGAUCUUUGUAUCCGGCACCGGGAACGCCAUACAACUCACGGGUCGCAGCUUCAGAAACGGGACCAUUUCGCGCACGCCGCGACAAGCAACUAUGUGGUGGAUAACCAGGGUCAGCCGACGGCCAUGUCUCCGGCUGCCCAUUUCCCCCCAGUAUCAACCGCGGGACGGAUUGAUGCGACCACCGCUCCGAUAACCGGCCUCCAUCACCGCAUGUCUGUCUCAUCCUCGCCUGACUCCGUCGGACUCAAUCAAGCCUUCAGUUAUCCGCCCGCGCUGGCUACCCACCACGGGUUGGAUUCCGAGGCGGCAAUACCGCGGUCCGCAAGCGCCGGCAACCCGGCCAUCAGCUCACCCACGGGACCAUCAGCCGCGACGUUCUGUCCUCCGGAUCUCAACAGAAUCUCAUUUGAGCCGUUCAGCGGCCCCCGAUCCGCCAAUCCACCGAUCGGGUCCAACGAUUCAGGACAGGGGGUGCGGUCGCGUUACUCACUGUCAGCGGCCAGCCAUGCCCUGGCCCGACCGCAGGAGACCACUGUCCCUUACGCUCUCUCCACGGAUAUCGGUCACGCAUCCUCGCUGGUCUCUUCCACGCCAUACGACUCUCAGGCCGCUCUGCAGAUACCGGUCAGUGGGUACGAAGCCAGUCCGCUGGCUGCCGCAUCUGCCCCGACACCCCUGGAGCGGACCUCGGAUAUGGGUCCCCUGGAUGCCAUGGCGGGGAUGAUGGGCUCCGGAGCCACGGUGGAUGAAGCGGGAUUCGAGACGUUCGGCUCUUGCGCCUACCCGAUCUUUGGGGGGGAUCCAUCCAACCGGUCGCCCUUCGCCAUGGCCGACGAUUUCGCAGCCUGGUUGUUUAAUGAGCCUUCUCCGGGGACAACGUCGUCAAUGUCAGAUCCUGCGCGCACCGGCAUGUUUCCAAGUGUCUUCGAUACCACUGGAUUACAGAACCCCUUCCGCACGAGCGAUGCGGCCUACGGGGAUUUCCUGAACGGGGUCAUGCCACAGCGUCCUAUGAGCGUCAGCAGUGUCUUGGACCCCGGUUCGCCGCGGGCCAUCAUGUCCGAGGAGAAGCGGCAGGAUCUCCUUGACCUCAUGUCCACCCGGUUCAAUGAGGCGGCGUAUUCGGUCGUAUCCAAGCGGAAGGAUGCCUUGCUGGACGGUGACCUAGAUGACGACAACCACGUGCUGAGUCUACACAUGAUGCAGACCUACGUCGGAUCGUACUGGUUCCACUUCCAAGGGCAGCUGCCGAUCCUACACCGUCCGACCUUCGUGGCCGAUCGGGCACCCAACCUGCUGCUCCUAGCCGUCAUCGCCAUCGGCGCCGCCACCCUGGACCCGAUCCACGGGCCCGAGGUCACUGAGGCGGCGUCGGAGCUGGCCAACUUCAUCGCCUGGCAUCUUCGCUGGGAGCUCUUCAUGGACGCCGACUUCCGCCCGCCGGCCAAACUCUGGGUCUUUCAGGCGCUGCUGUUGAUGGAGGUGUACGAGAAGUUGUUUUCCACGCGGGCGCUGCAUGAGAGAGCACAUAUCCACCACGACACCACCCUGACCUUAAUGCGACGCGGCAGCUCGUUGAUCGACCGCUCGGCUUUCGACUCGCCGGGGAGCCUGCGGGAGUCAGCCUCGGGGUUGGAAUUGGUGCUGCCUGGCUCCGCCGACGAAUCCUGGACGCACUGGAUCAAGACCGAGUCCAUGCGGCGUGUCGCGUUUGCGGCCUUCGUGCUGGACUCGACGCAUGCCACCAUGUUCGGGCACUCGGCCAAGAUGGUAGCGCACGAGCUGCGGCUGCCGCUCCCGUGCGACGAGGCCCUGUGGUCGGCGACCAGCGCAGCGGAGGUGGCUCGGGUGCAGUCAAGCCUACACGCCAACGGGGUGCAGCCCGUCACGUUUCUCGACGGACUCAAGCGGACGCUCAACGGGCAGCGCGUGCAGACGAACGCUUUUGGACGCACCAUCCUCAUGGCGGGCCUCCUGAGCGUCAGUUGGCACAUGAACCAGCGGGACCUGCAGGUCAGCUCGCUGGGGGUGCCCCAAGCCUUGGGCGGGCGGGACAAGUGGCGGUCCGCGCUGCUACGCGCCUUUGACCAUUGGCGUCGGGACUUUGACGCGGCCUUGGGCCCGGUCGGGCCCCCGCCCUUCCCUGCGGGACUGCGGUGGACGCGACGUCCGCUGGGGGAAGACCACCUAUUCGAGUCGCGGAACGUGCUGUAUGGGCUCGCCCACAUGGCAUCCCAUGUUGACAUUGUCGACUGCCAGAUCUUUGCCGGCGCUGGACGUCUGAUGGGGCGGUCCAUCACGGGGCGCGACUACAGCGCCGCCCGCGAGAAGAUGACGGAGCGGUGGGCGACCAAGGCAUCGGCGCGGGACGCCACCUUUCACGCGCUGAAGGUCCUAUCGGAGUGCAUGCUGGGCGAUGACGAUGAUGAACAUGCGGAACCGUAUCAGGGGCGCGAUGACUCCCUGCUGAACCGGCCGUGGGUGGUCUACGUGGCGGCGCUGGUGGUGUGGUGCUACGGCUACGCGCUGGAGGGACCGAUCCGGCCGGCGGUGGCGCUGGCGACAGCGGCCGACCAGCGACGUGACAUGCGGGCAUACCUACGACGCAUGGGGGAAGCGACCUCGCCCAACGACCUAGAGACGAUGACGGGACGAAACCAGUGUAUGGGAUUGUUGAUGGUGCUACGCGACGGGUUUCUACACGCACGGUGGGAGUUGUUGACGGAGGCGGCAAAUCUGCUGGGCAGUUGCAUCACGAAGCUUGGGAGUUGA